AUGAAAGUGAAUAUUGUUGAAUGGAAAGCUUUCUCUACAUGGCAUUGGGAAUUGGUAUCAUCCGCAGCUAAUAAUAACAACAACAAUUCCAAUGAUUAUGUUGAAGAAUUGUGUGGAAUUUGUCGUGUUUCAUUUGAUGGAACCUGUCCUAAUUGUAAAUAUCCCGGUGAUGAUUGUCCAAUAGUACUUGGAUCAGGAUGUACACAUAAUUUCCAUUUACAUUGUAUCUUGAAAUGGCUUGAACAAGAGAAUUCAAAGGGUCUUUGUCCAAUGUGUAGACAAAUCUUUACAUUUCAAGAAACUCAUCAACAACAAGUUAAUACUGAAGAUUUCAUUAAUUUAAAAACAUUGAUUGAUGGACAUCAUGUGAUUAGACAAAGAAUUCAAAAUAAUAAUGAUCAAGAAUUCCAAUCCUUUGCUGGAACUGAUGAUGUUGACUUACAAAUGUCUUAG